AUGCCUUCCAAGCUCCGACGCACCUGUGCAGCAAAAUAUGACCUGGUUUGGGAGAAGCUGGACGAACCCAUCGAUGACUGGUUGGCCGCAGUCAGAACAAGUGAUGUCUACCGUUCGGUAGCGCACUUUAUUUUGAAGUUCAAGCCGGGAAACGCCGUGGAGAUGCACCGCGCAUUCAAAGGUGAUUACAAUGUUGUCUACCGUCUUGAAUACAGUGACGGGACUUCUGUCAUUAUGAGAAUUCCGAUCAACGAUGGUGUGCCUGCUACAUUUCAAGAUGAAAAGGUGCGGUACGAGGUCGCCGUUAUGCGAUACGUCGCAGCCAACACAAGCAUUCCGGUGCCGCACGUCUAUCAUUACGGCACCGCAGUCGAGAACCCCCUCGGUCUCGGACCGUUUAUCAUCAUGGACUACAUUGACCACUACGAGACCCUCUCGGGUGUGCUGCGAGACCCAGACCGGCCGGUGGAGAAGCAUCCCGUCCUCAACCCGAAUAUUGACGAGCGUCAUCUCGCUUUGUUGUAUAAACAGGUUGCAGACGUCCUUCUCCAGCUGGAUGUCCUUCGUUUUCCGAGGAUUGGCUCUUUGGUCGAGGAUGCUGCCACGGGCACAAUUGACGUCAAAGGACGGCCCCUGCUGGCGAACAUGAUCGACGUCGUCAUCCAUACCGCGUUCCCGCCCGUGCGCCGAGACGCCGUAGAAGACGCCAACGACGCCCGGGACAAAUAUGUGGCGCGGCAGCUCUUUCGGCGCGGCGGCCGAGCGUCGGUUUUCACCAGAGGCCACGGUUUCCGACGCCGGCCCGCCCGCCAUUUCGCUCUACUCCGAGGACCUGCGCCCGGCCAACAUUCUUUUCUCUACAAAGAUGACCGUAUCGUGGGUGUCAUCGAUUGGGAAUUUGCCUAUGCGGCGCCGCUGUCGUUCAGCAGCUGUCCGCCGUGGUGGCUUCCCAUGGACAAGCCCGAAUCCUGGUCGCCCGGUGGCUUGAUGGGCUGGCAGCAAACGUGUGAGCCGCGGUUGCGGACGUUUUUGUCUGCUCUAGAGGAGGUCGAGAAACAUGAACAGCAGCCGGUUUCUGCGGGCGAACCGCUGUCACAACGCAUGAGCAGCUGGACCAGCAACGCGUCGAUGCGCAACUACGCGGCCAGGCGAUCGUGGGCGUUUGAUUUUUUGUGGUGGAAGCACAUUGACGAGAGCCUGUAUGGGCCAAACGAGGACCAAGACCACAAAGCACGACUCGCCGAGAUGCCGGCUGCGCAGUUGCAAAUCUUGGACGAUUUCGUCAAACAAAAGCUCGACGAGGGCGAAGACGCGGAAGUCACUGUAUGGGACAAAGAUGCAGCAGUCGCACACCUUGCACAAUAUUUGUAA